GCCGUCGGAAUUAAGCCAGCGAUAAACACCGGGCCGCACAUCUCGGCUCCGCUGUUCUACCAUCUGCACGUUUAAUCUCGGACGAGAGCUAUCGGUGUCCACUGCAACGCCUGUCACCGGCUCCGGUCGAUCAAGGUGGUGGUGUUGUGGAGUGGGGUAGUUACAGUGGUGGAGAAAAGAUGCGUGUUUAUGCAGCCCUUAUAGGGUUCACGGCUCAGCAUCUGUGGGUAAGGGAAACGAUGGGUGGAAACGUGCAGGCAGUUCGACGAGAGUGGCUCCCCCUUUCUUCGAGAGGCGUUCCCGUCGCGACCGGUAGACGCGAACCCGGACGCCGGAAAUGUCCAACUUCACCGGGUGUCGCGCACGUCCGCGCGGCGCGUCCUGUCAUGCUACCGUUGAUCGACAAGCUUGUGAGUGAACGAAUAAUUUCGCAUGCGCUUAGUUUUUCGAUACGAAAGCGUCAAAUGGAGCCGAAAAGCCGGCGUCUGUAGCAGCAAAACGGCACCUGAAUUCCCAUUGGCUGAGACGUCACGUCACGUGGUCGCCACGAGCGAGCGGGCGGGCGAGACGGCGAAACGCAACAGCUGCGCGCCAGCUGUCGCGUGAGGGGAGAGCGCAUCGCCGUGACGCUGGCUCGGGCGGCACGUACCGCUAUGGAGUCUCGAGCACCUAGAUCGCCGGCGGCCUCAACCUCGGCCGCACGGAAACGCGGCCGUCCGCGCCAGUACACUGCAGACGAAGUGAGGGAGCGCAAGAACGCGGCAAGACGAGCGAAGAGGCGGGCAGCGAGAUCCACCGCCACCAAGCCUCCAGACGCCAACACGCGCCGGGCAGAACGAGCAGCAGCGCAGCGCGCUCGGAGACAGCACGAAGCCAUCCGAAAGCGUGAGGCGGAAGCGGAUCGCCAGGCAAAGCGUCUCAAGCGGCAAGACGAGGCCUUUCGACGACGCGAAGCCGAAGCCAAGCGUCGCAGGAGGCAGGAGCAGGCAGAGGCGAGGCGCCAGAUGCGCGGAGGGGAAGCCGAAGCAAGGUCGCGGUUGCACCGAGCAGCCACAGACCGAUUCGUCAAAGCGUUCGUCGAGAAUCCGUUCGGCAGCGCGUGUAGUGUGUGCGACAGAUUGUGGUUUACCGACGAUAGGACCAAGGCACCGGAGAAGACGCAUUCCCUCCUGGAACAACACUUCCCAGUGGGAGAGGCCUUGCCGGCAGCUGAUGGAGUCAAGGCACGGAGAACUCGAGUGCACAGGACAGAAAGGAGAUGGCCGCUUGUCACGUGUCCGCAUCAUUCCACAUCGGCAGCUGGAACUCUUAGGGUGGCAACGGCCGACUUCAGCGCUGUGUUUCCGGACAUCGACUUCAAACAGGCUGUUGAGACGGCAUGUGACAAGGCACCAUUUAUCGAGGCCAGCCUGGCGGGUACCACCUGCCAGGUAGAACCGUGGCGAGGCCUCCAAGACAAAUGUGUUGGCGAGUGCGAGGCCCUGCUCCAGCAUGCAGAACAGUCUUGCCAGACUGAGCAUCACAUCACCCUAGUCCGGUGCACAAAGCCACAAGUUUCAACUUGCAGCGUAGAAGUGCAGGCUGACCCAUGGUGGCAGCAUCAUUGUGGAAUUCAGCCCAUCGGUGUCGACUUGUGUGAAACCUGAAGCCUACAAGUUCAAGCACUAAGGACCUGCCAUGGCUUACAAAACUGUACAUUUACCAAGUGCACUAUGGUUGAGGUGUGCGUUUGCUCUGCACUCGCUGAAGGAUCACUUUGAGCUUGCACACGACAUCUUGCAACCCAUCAAUGUCAGCCGCUGUCCAGCCGUCCUCGAGCUAUCUGAGUGCACCUUGUCGAUGGCUAGAGUGUUACGGUGCUUUUUACGUGCCAUCUGGGCAUCGCCGUUCUGAAUUCCUCAGAACCUGCUGAGGGUGAUGUCGAGUCUAUAACUGGUGUUACCAUUUCCUGAGCAGGAAAUAAAUCAAGAAUACCAGCAGUAGGCAUCAAA